CCACAUUCCCAAUUUAGAUGCCACUAUUACAGAUAAGCCUCAGAUCUUAAUUUCUCCAGAAUGACCAGGAUUUUUAAAAUUUUAGACCAGGUUGAUGGGUUGAUAUUCUAUAAAGGAGAAGGACAUAUUUCAAGUAAACAGUUUUUUCUUAGCUUUUUAAGUCAGCAUUCCUAAGGUAUAAUUUACAUAAAGUAAAUGUACCGAUUUCUGUAUAGUUUAGUACUUUUUUGCAAAAGAACAGACACUGGUAAUCAUUACAGUCAAGAUAUGGAACAUUUCUGUCACCUUAAAAAACUGUCAUUCCUGUUUGCUGUCAAUCCCUACCUUAACCCUCAUUCAAAUAAAAACUUGAAGAACUUGAUAACUGGGGUUAAGUUUUUUCUCAGUCAGAAACAUUUUCUUAUGUCUUAUGCAAAUCAUAAACUAGUCCAGGGCAGGGGCAUUGCAGAGUCCCACGUGAGAGAAUAGUUAAUAGCAGCACAGGACUGAAGAAGCAGAGAGUGUGGCUUUAAGAUCAGGGUGUUGGGGGCACCUGGGUGGCUCAGUCGGUUAAGUGUCCUACUUCAGCUCAGGUCACAAUCUCAUGGUCCGUGAGUUCGAGCCCCGCGUCGGGCUCUGGGCUGAUGGCUCAGAGCCUGGAGCCUGCUUCCGAUUCUGUGUCUCCCUCUCUCUCUGCCCCUCCCCCGUUCAUGCUCUGUCUCUCUCUGUCUCAAAAAUAAAUAAACGUUAAAAAAAAAAUUAAGAUCAGGGUGUUGGCAGAAUAAAGGGUAGAAAAGAUUUCUUAGGUUGUGGGACAGUGAUGGUGUGACAGAUGUGGCAUAACUUUUAGUUUGAAAAGAACUAUGAUCUAGAUGCAAGAGAUGAAAAUAAACUAUUCCUUGAUGUUCUAUAGGCAGAAAAGAUGGAGCUAGAAAACGGCACGAUGGUGAAAGAAUUCAUCCUUCUUGGUCUGACCCAGUCUCGAAAUAUUCAGCUCCUGGUCUUUGUGUUGAUCUUAAUUUUCUAUCUCAUUAUCCUUCCUGGAAAUUUCCUCAUCAUCCUCACCAUCAGAUCAGACCCUGGUCUCACAGCCCCCCUCUACUUCUUUCUGGGCAACUUGGCUUUCCUGGAUGCAUCCUACUCCUUCAUUGUGGCUCCCAGGAUGCUGGUGGACUUCCUCUCUGAGAAGAAGGUAAUCUCCUACAGGGGCUGCAUCAUUCAGCUCUUUUUCUUGCACUUCCUUGGAGGAGGGGAAGGGUUACUCCUUGUUGUGAUGGCCUUUGACCGCUAUAUCGCCAUCUGUCGGCCUUUACACUAUUCCACAGUCAUGAACCCUAGAGCCUGCUGUGCCUUGCUGUUGGCCCUGUGGCUUGGAGGCUUUGUCCACUCCAUUAUCCAGGUGGCCCUCAUCCUCCACUUGCCCUUCUGUGGCCCAAACCAACUGGAUAACUUCUUCUGUGAUGUGCCACAGGUCAUCAAGCUGGCCUGCACAGACACCCUCGUGGUGGAGCUUCUAAUGGUCUUCAACAGUGGCCUGCUCACCCUCCUGUGCUUCCUGGGGCUUUUGUCUUCCUAUGCAGUCAUCCUUUGCCAUGUACAUGGGUCUGCUUCUGAAGGGAAGAGCAAAGCACUGUCCACAUGCACCACUCACAUCAUUAUUAUACUUCUCAUGUUUGGACCUGCCAUCUUCAUCUAUACUCGCCCCUUCAGGGCCUUACCAGCAGACAAGGUAGUUUCCUUCUUCCACACAGUGAUCUUUCCAUUGAUGAAUCCUGUGAUUUAUACCCUUCGCAAUCAGGAAGUGAAAUCCUCCAUGAGGAGGUUACUGAGUCGGCAUGUUGUCUGCUGAAUAGAUUUUAUAAAAAGAAGUCAAGAAGAGGGAAUUCUUGCUAUAAAUCAUACAUUCAUUAACAAAUACUAUUUCACUGAGUACCUCCCAUUUGUCAGGUACUAUUGUGGGCAAUGAGGGAGAGUUAUACAUAAUUAGGGAAUAAGCUUGGUAUGCCUAAAGAAUAUAAAACAAACACCUGAAUGGUUGGAACAUGAUGAAUACUUAUGAGAGAUUUAAGGGUUAAAUUUUAUGUGACUGUAAGGGUCAAAUCACUAAGGUCUGUUAGGCUGAGAUAAGGAAUUUUAUUUUAUUCUAAAUACUGUGAAAAAUACAUGUUAACAUUUUAAGCAAGAGAGUCACUCAUCCACAGUUGUUUCUUCUGUGGUUUAGAGCAACAUCAGGAUUCUGGGCAGAGAUCAAUAAGUUGCAAAACUCCAUUAAGAGCUAAAUGCUAUUCUGCAGACUUGUUUUGAAAAAAUCUCUCUCUCCCCCUGCCCUCUUUCUCUGUAUAUGAUUCUCUCUAACAUAUAUAUUUAUUUACCUUACCCCCCCAUUUGCUUAAUGGGUAUGAAAGGAAGGUAAUUGGUUUCAUAGAAAAAUGUCAUGAAAUUAUUUCAUCUGACUUUUUCAGAGCUUCGUGAUUAUUACUAAUGGGUUUUUACAAAUCCUCCCUUUAUGUUAAACCUUGCCCUCAAUUGAUUUUACUCAUUAUGAUAAUGAUAAUUAUUUGCUACUAUAGAUCUGUUGGAGAUUA